AUGGCGAUUGUCCACAACCAUACUGUACUCUCGACCGUCACCAGUCAUCUUUUGUCAUCGACGUCCGACCGGGUCAACGACCGGGCGUACAGUCGACAGAAACAAAAACAGCGCGCACACCCAAAAAAGCGCACAGACCGUCUCGAGGAGGUCGUCGAUACAGAUUCGAUCCGGUUGGCGGGAGGCACUGCGGCGCUCGUGAUAAGGCGGAGGACCGUU